AUGCAGUACACGGGGAGCAAAUAUAUCGGUGAAUUUGUAGAAGGGAGGAUGGAGGGUGAAGCUGAAUACAUCCUCCCUACUGAGACGAAAUACGUUGGGGAAAUGAAGGACGGCAUGUUUCAUGGCAAAGGAACCCUGUACUUCCCCAGCGGUAGCCAAUUCGACGCCAUCUGGGAAAAGGGACUGGCCACAGAGGGCACCUACACCUUCGCAGACGGGCUGCAGUACAAACCUGAGAAGUGGCACUACUGCGACAGCUACGAUCGGAGGUUCUACACGGAGAUUUGCCAUGGCUUGAAGCCUGCAGGUAUCUCUCAACUCACCAAUAUGGACCCACCGAGAACAGUCCCCAAAGGCUGUUAUGACUGUGGAGACGGAUUCUACAAUCCAGUCACGAGGAUCAUCAAGGACUACAAGAACCACUUCCUAAGAAAUGCAGAUGACGACGAGCACGAGUGGAUCAUCCGGACCUGUCGGAAGGGCUGGGACGAGGUCUCAGGGCACAUGCCCAAGCUGUGAGCUGCACACAUCCUGCUCUCGGAACCACCAGGGAGUUCCGUCUGCACCAA